GGUAGCAGCGAGAUGUUCACGGCAGGAGCAGAGAGUCUGCUCCGGCAGGCCAGGGAGGUCCAGGAUGAGGAACUGAGGAAGUUCUGUUCCCGGAUCAGUGCACUGCUGCAAGAGGAAGAUUUGGGGCCUGACGCUCUUGACUCUCUGCGGAGGCUCUUCCUCAUUGUCUCAGCCACCAAGUACAACCGGAGGCUGGAGAAGACAUGUGUGGACCUGCUGCAGUCCACCCUCUGCCUGCCUGUGUGCUCCGAGCCGCUCCAGGUUCUCUGUGCUGCCAUCCUGAGAGAGAUGUCACCCUCCGACAGCCUGAGCAUGUCCUGUGACUGCACCCAGAACACCUGGCAGCUGAGCCUGGUGGCCUCCGUGCUCUUGGCCCAGGGCAACAGGAGAGACGAGGUCAGAACCGUGGCCCAGCACAUCCUGAGAGCCCUGGAGAGCCGGCAGCCUGAGGGGCCCAGCCUCAGGCACCUUCUCCCCAUCGUGUCAAAGGUUGUGGGCCUCAGCCCUGGCAUCCUCCAGGAGGACCAUACCACCCUGCUCAGCAAGAGACUCAUUGAUUGGCUUCGAUACGCCAGCAUCCAGCAAGGGCUCCCACACUCUAGUGGCUUCUUCUCUGCAUCCAGGGCCCGGCAGCCAGGCCCCAUCACUGAGGUGGAUGGGGCAGUGGCCACAGACUUCUUCACGGUGCUGUCCAUGGGCCACCACUUCACGGAGGACCAGUGGCUGAAUAUGCAGGCUUUCUCAAUGCUACGGGCCUGGCUACUGCAUGGAAGCCCUGAGGGCCUGGGUGCCCCAGACACAGAUGACAAGUCGGAGCUAGAGGGCUCUACCCUAUCAGUGAUUUCUGCCACUUCUGCCACCAGCCGCCUGCUGCCCCCCCGGGAGCGGCUGAGGGAGGUGGCCUUCGAGUACUGCCAGCGCCUCAUUGAGCAGAGCACCCGACGAGCCCUGAGGAAGGGGGACUCAGAACUGCAGAAGGCCUGCCUGGUGGAGGCCGUGCUGGUCCUGGAUGUGCUGUGUCGGCAGGACCCCUCCUUCCUAUACCGUACCAUUUCCUGCCUGAAGGCCCUACACGGACGGCUGAGUGGGGACCCGGCCUCCGUGCGGGUGCUGCUGCCACUGGCCCACUUUUUCCUGACACAUGGAGAGGCAGCUGCAGUGGACUCAGAAGCCAUCUACCAGCACCUGUUCACCAGGGUCCCGGCCGAGCUCUUCCACAGCCCCUUGCUGGCCUUCGAGUUCAUCCAGUUCUGCAGGGACAACCUGCACCUGUUUGGCGGGAACCUCAGCAUCCUCAAACUGACUUUCCCUAACCUCUUUAAGUUCCUGGCCUGGAACAGCCCACCCCUCACCUCAGAGUUUGUGGAGCUUCUGCCAGCUCUGGUCGACUCUGGCACGGCUCUGGAGAUGCUACACUCGCUGCUGGACCUGCCCUGCCUGACAGCAGCCCUGGACCUACAGCUCAGGUUGUGGCCAGCUGCAUCUGAGAGGCCACUCUGGGAUACGUCUCUCAGGAUCCCCAGCUGCCUGGAAGCCUUCCGGGACCCACAGUUCCAGGGGCUUUUCCAGCACCUGCUGCGCCCUAAAGCCAGCGGCACCAUAGAGAGGUUGGCGCCACUUUACCAGUUGCUGCAGCCCAUGGCCAGCUGUGCCCGGGUGGCCCAGUGCGCUGAGGCUGUGCCCACCCUGCUUCAUAUGUUCUUUUCAGCAGUGACCCAGGUCACUAGUGGGUCCCUGACCAACCAGCUGGCACUCCUACUCCUAGAGAGAAGCGACUCACUUUACCAAGUCCCGCAGUACGAAGCCUGCGUGCACAGGGUACUGAGCUCCCAGUUCCUAGUCCUGUGCAAGCUGAGGCCCUCCCUGGUGGUGGAGCUAGCCAGAGACCUCCUGGAGUUCCUGGGCAGUGUGAGCAGCAUCCAUAGCAGAGCAAGCAUGGUCACCAGCGUGGUGUGGGCUGUUGGUGAGUACCUAUCAGUGACCUGUGACCGGAGGUGCACUGUGGAGCAGAUCAACAAGUUCUUCGAAGCCCUGGAGGCCCUGCUGUUUGAGGUCACCCAGUCCCGUCCUACCACCCUGCCCAGAUGUCCACCACAGGUUGUCACCGUGCUUAUGACCACACUUACUAAACUGGCCUCCCGGAGCCAAGACCUAAUUCCCAGGGUCUCUCUGUUGCUGUCAAAGAUGAGGACCCUGGCCCAGAGCCCAGCUUCCAGCUGCUCACAAGAUGAAGAGGGAGCAGAAGCCAUCCGUACCCGGGCCACGGAGCUGCUGAACCUGCUAAAGAUGCCCAGCGUGGCCCAGUUUGUGUUCACACCAAGCAUGGAGGUGUGUAGUCCCCGUUACCACCGUGAUGUCAACACAGCCCUGCCCCUGGCCCUACGCAUGGUCACUCGGCUGAUGGAGAAGGAGGCUGGCCUCCUGCCAGGGUGAAGGGACAGUGACCAGGUAGACGCUGACUGUACAUUAAGAGCCUGGGGCACCAGCAAGGUAUUGGGGACAAGCUGCUGGCUUCAGUGUUGAGAGGAAUUCAGCAAGUCCUGGGCAAGGUGGGCUUAGUGCCCUCAGAUUUGUGGCAGACUCAUCCCUUUCUCAGCUCCUGGAGCUGGUCCCUAAGCCCUGGGCUCUGGUGGCCAAGUUGGGCUAUAGCUCUUCCUUAGCUGGAUGGAGCUGGUUUGUCCUGUUGUCCUUGUUUCUGGACAGUAUUUUUACACAAUAAAAAUAAAUCUCUCUUA